AUGUGUGGCUUCUUCGAAGACAGUCAUUUGUGCUAUCAUUUACAAUUAACAAAUAUGCAUCCUACGCCUGUGAUAUUCAAUGUACAGCAUCCAAAUGGGCGUAGUUUUGGUGCAACACCUCAUAUUGGUGUUGUAAUGCCACAAUCUAAAAUAACCAUUUAUUGUACAUUUCGAUCGGAACGUAUCACUCGAGUACCAGAUGAUGGAAUCUAUGUUUACAGUAUUUUUCAAAAAGCUGUUAACAGUGAUAAAUUUGUCAAUGCACACAGUAAUAAAGAGAAAGAACGAGUGGCACGAAAAAUUUGGUCACAGCACCGCGGUAAAUGUUUCGAGUGUCUUCGUCUUCCGGUAGGUUUUGAACCACGGCGACCGGCUAUUCAUGAACAACACAUAGAGCUGUAUGACGAUGAUACAACUAGUAAACUUCAACAUACAAGAUACAAAUUUUCAAAAGAGGAAAUGCCAACGAGUCAGUUACCAUCUGCGGAAGAAAUACGUGAAGGAAGCAAGCACUAA